UUGAGCUUGUAGACAGUAGGUAAUUGCGUAAAAAGAGACUAAGCCAUCAGUGAAAGAAAACAAGUUCAAAAGUUGCCAUACGGAUACACAUAUUCAUCAAUCACCAUGCGACGAAUACUGUUGAUAUUGAUGGGAUUAUAUCUGGUGAACUGCUUGCCACCUCCUCAUCCCGCUGUGGUCGCAGUGCUGCAACAAGAGAGACAGCUGCCACCUCACAUGAGGAGUCCGGCAUUUCAAAAUCCUCAUUUACUAAAAUUACUUUCCUUAACUAGUUUACUACACAAAGGAGAGAAAGUGGUAUACGACCGUGAAGCUGACGAUGUAUCGCGCAGGGAAAUUUAUAACAUCCUUACACAUGCAGGCCUCAUCUCCAGGAACCAGUUCCAUAGACCACCAGCUCUACCACAACACCGUCACCAGAAACACUUUAACUCUCAGGCUCAAAACCAUAAUCCCCAUGAGCAACAUAUCUACGAACAAUCGAUAUUAUCCAGUCCUGAACUACUACAACAUUUGUGAUUUAAUGUAAACGUUUCAUUUGUAAAUAUUUAAUGUGAUAUUUUUAAGUAGAAGUUCAAUAACUGUUUAAAGUCUAUGUUUUGGCGGAAAUAACCAAAAAGACUUUAUCAUCAACUGAAAUAAAAAAUAUUUUUUCUAUGAAUGAAGCAGAUUUUAUAUAGUACAUGUCUCAAUGUUAACUAAACAUAAACAAAGCUAUAACCAAUUACUUAUUUUUUAUAAAUUAAAUAAUUUAAUUUGGUUUAACUUUGUUUUACAAAACAAGUAAUAUUUACAAAUUCUUACAAGUAUAUUUAUGAUUUUAAAUAUAGUAUAUUUUAUUACUUUAAAAAUUUCGUACGAUGUUUGAAUCUGUAAAUGUUUGAUUUUUUUAAAGUUUCUUAUUCAACAAUACUUAAAAAAUGAACAGUUUUAAUAAUUCAACUGAUUGAUUGAUUUGACUGGUCCAUUUGGCAUACGUAUAGACUAUGUCUUUAAUUACAUUGUAUAGGGCUACAGCUAGUUAUUUAUAAUUAUUUCAUGUUGGUAUGUUUGUUUUAUUAUUAAGUUUAUUUUUAAGUAUUAAGCCCACGUGGGCCUUUAAUAUUAUUUAUCAUAAGUAUAAAUUGUACAUAAUAGCGUUCCUAAAUCACCAUUGUAAAAAGUUGGUUAUGCUAUUUUAUAUUAAAAAAGAAGUAUUUAGGCAAAAUAAUAAUUAAUAAUUUACUAAUUCAAUUGUAAAAUUAAAAUGGUGUACUAUGCUACACUAAAUAACUUCGUUUUGAUCCAUUCUAGGUGCCUAUUA